ACCCUAGAGGAAUAAAAACAAAAACCCCAAGCGUUUUGUUGUCGUAAAUUUGAGGUUAGCUUGUGUAGCACAGAAAUUUUCCAAAUUAAAACAAAAAUGACGACAUUGAGACCUUUUACGUGUGAUGAUAUGUAUAAAUUUAACAAUGUAAACUUGGAUCCGCUCACCGAAACCUAUGGACUGUCUUUCUAUAUGCGCUAUUUAGCUCAUUGGCCGGAAUAUUUUCAAGUUGCUGAAUCCCCAAGUGGAGAAAUAAUGGGUUAUAUAAUGGGUAAAGCGGAAGGAAUUGGGGAAAAUUGGCAUGGGCAUGUUACAGCUCUCACGGUGUCUCCUGAUUUUAGGCGUUUAGGGUUAGCUGCCACUUUAAUGAACUUCUUAGAAGAUGUCUCUGAAAAAAAACGAGCUUAUUUUGUGGAUUUGUUUGUGCGCGUCAGCAACAAAGUGGCAAUAAAUAUGUAUACAAACCUGGGGUACAUUGUAUAUAGAACGGUCCUGGAGUAUUAUUCGGGUGAUCCUGAUGAAGAUGCUUAUGAUAUGAGAAAAGCCUGCUCUAGAGAUGUGAACCAGAAAUCUGUGAUACCCUUAACACACCCUGUACGACCUGAAGAUGUAGACUAGAGUAUAAAAAAGUAACUAUAUUUAUUUUAUUUUAUAUUAUUUAAAUGAUUACUCAUUAAUAAAAUAUUUGACUUGCAUAAUAAAAGUUUACAAAAAAGAA